CUGAAAUUUACUAUAUAAUAAAUAAUAAUAAUAAAAGAGGACACAAAAAAAUAUAAAAAAAAAAACAAUCAUAACAAUAGAGUAAACAACAAAUCAGUGUGUCACGUCAAUCUGCAUUGAAUAAUAUUAAAAAUUAAGCUGAAAAACAAGUUUAUUUUUUUAUUAAUAAAUUUUUUUAACUAUUUUCAUCAAGUCAAAUCAAGUUAUAAAAAAUAUUUACAACAUAAAAUUGAAUAAUUACAGUAUUUUUAUAGUUGACGUUUAUAUUAUUUUCAGCAAUUUAAUGUCAGUGAAAUUAUUUGUCAAAGGGUAACCUUAAUAAUAAUACAAAACAUACAUACUUAUACUUAUUAUUAUAUAUAAUAAAUUAAAAAAAAAAAAAAAAAAAAGAGAUUCACACACACAUACACAAACACAUAAGUACAUACAUAUUGACAAGUAGUUUAUUGUCGUGAGUUCUUAGUCGACAAAUUGACAUCAGUCAAGUCAGUGUAAAGGGUGUAGUUAAAUUUUAACUUUCAUAAAUAUAAUUUAAACUUGAUUAUAUAUUUUCUAUUUUUAUUAUUUUUAUAAAUUUUUCAUAUAGAAAAAAAAUUGGAGCAAAGGAUAACAUAUAGAAAAAAAAAAAAAAAAAAGUGAAAUUUUAUUUAUAAUUUUUGGGUGACUAGUGUGAUUAAAUAAAAACAAACUAAAAAUAUAAAUAAAUAGAUUGUUGAUAAAUAUUGAAUAAUCUUUUCAAGCCAAUCAUCAUCGUCAAUACUGUUAUUUUUUUUUUUUUUUUUUUUUAGCAGCAGUACAACUUAUUGCUGGGCUAUUUUGAUGCUAAAUUUAGAUGAGCUUGAUUGUUGGUAAUACACUAAAUAAAAAUCUGGUAUUAUCUGAAAAAACUAUUUCAAGCUGGUUCAAUUGACUUUUUAAAUCACAGUUUCUAUUUUUUUUUUUUUUUGAUCCAAGUCAUGCUCAUCAGUGCAUAAAUAUUUGUUGUGGCACGUGAUUUAAAACUAUGCAUCAAAGUUUAAACUAAAAAUUAUCAGAAAAAAAAAAAAAAAAAAAUAAUUAAUUUACAAUCAUUAAAUACAUAGUUUGAUAAUUAUGAUAAACAAGGAAGUGAUAUGAAAAAUGAUUGAUGCAAAUGAUUGAACAAAAAAAAUUUAUAAUUGGAUGUUAUUUAUAUUUUAAAUUGGUGAACCUGACCUAGCAUUAACAAAAGUGUCGUGAUGAGUCGAAGAUUAGGACAUAGCAAUUACGAUGGCAAAAUUGCUGGUUUAUAUGAUUUAGAAGAAACUCUUGGUCGUGGACAUUUUGCUGUUGUUAAAUUAGCACGUCAUGUAUUUACUGGUGAAAAAGUAGCUGUUAAAGUUAUUGAUAAAAGUAAACUUGAUGAAGUAUCACGUUCACAUUUAUUUCAAGAAGUAAGAUGUAUGAAAUUAGUUCAACAUCCAAAUGUCGUACGUUUAUACGAGGUUAUAGAUACACAAACAAAAUUAUAUUUGAUAUUAGAACUAGGUGAUGGUGGUGAUCUUUAUGAUUACAUUAUGAGACAUGACAGUGGUCUAACUGAAGAAGUUGCUAAAAAUUAUUUUAGACAAAUUGUUAGAGCAAUAUCAUAUUGUCAUCGUCUUCAUGUAGUUCAUAGAGAUUUAAAACCUGAAAAUGUUGUUUUUUUUGAAAAACUUGGAACAGUUAAAUUAACUGAUUUUGGAUUUAGUAAUAGAUUUUGUCCUGGUCAAAAAUUAGAAACUUCUUGUGGUUCAUUAGCAUAUUCUGCACCAGAAAUACUUCUUGGUGAUAGUUAUGAUGCACCAGCAGUUGAUGUUUGGUCACUUGGUGUUAUUUUAUACAUGUUGGUAUGUGGUCAAGCACCAUUUCAAGAAGCAAAUGACAGUGAAACAUUGACAAUGAUUAUGGAUUGUAAAUAUUCAAUACCAGCUCAUGUAUCUGAUGAGUGUAAAAAAUUAAUUGCUAAAAUGUUAGUAAGAAAACCUGAGGGACGUUCAACACUUGAAGAAAUAGCAUCUGAUUCAUGGCUUGGUAUUGCAAAUGAUUGUGAUAUUGUUGAAUCAUUACCACUUGUAUCAAGACAACAAGUUUCUGAAGAUAAUCAUAAUUUUAUUAUAACUAAAAUGGUCAAUGGAAAUAUUGCAACAAAAGAAGAAAUUUUAGAAGCACUAGAUAAAAAUGAAUACAAUCAUAUAACAGCAACUUAUUUUCUGCUGGCAGAAAGAAAGUUACGUGCUUGUCGUCAAGAACUUGCUGCUAAAAAUUGUCCAGAAUUAUUAAAUGUUCGAAGAUCAAAUGAUUUGACAGUUAAUAAUCUUCGAGUAGAACAAAAUUCUUCAGGAAGUGUUAAACAGUCAUUAUUAACUGUACCACGUAUUCCCAUUGAUACACCCCAGAAUGUUCGAGUGCGUAAAUGCAGUAUUGUCCAGGAGGAAGAAGAUGAAGAUGAUGUAUCAUCAUGUUCUGGUCAUGAUGAACACAAUAAUAAUGCAUCUUUAUGCUUAUUAAAUAGACGUGGUUCACGUUCAGAGGGUAAACUGUCACAUAUAUUGCAAGAACAUCUUGCUCAAUUACCAGAAAAAACAUUAAUAAAACCAGUGUUAAAUAAUAAUGAUCAUAAAAAAAUUAUUGAUAAAUGUUUAUCACCAAGUCAUACAUUUACAGUUGUACGUGUUAAUACAGAUAUAGGAAAAAUGCCUGAUGAAGAAAAUUUAAAAAAUUCUUUAAGUGGAAAUGACAUAUGGUCAUCUAGUUGGAAUAAAUCAAUUAUCAAUGAAACAGAACAACAACCAUUACCAACAAAUAAAUGGAAUAAUAUUAAAGCUGAAAAAUCACCAAUUAAAAUAACAACAACAACACCAACAACAUCACCAUCUAAAAAAAUUGAAAAUUAUAAAAAUAUUGAUAAUGAUACAACAAUGAAAAUACUAUUAGAAUCAUCAACAGUACCAAUACGUUCAUCAAUAACAGUUGUUGAAUCAUUAAAAAAUUAUAAAACAAUGCCAAUUAAAAAUAUAAAUAAUACAGAUACAGAUAAUUUAUUAUUAAAAGAAAUACUUGAAGAUAAUAAUUGUGAAAUAAAUAAAUUAAAAGAUAAUUUUACAAAAUGUCGAGUUGUUAGACGACCUGGUUAUGAACAAAAAAGAAAUAAAUUUCAUAAAGCAAGAGCAGCAUCAUGUUCAAGUUCAGAUGCAAGUGAUGAUGAUAGUGAAAGUAGAAAAAAACAUGCACAUAGAUUAGGUGCAACAACUGAAAAACCAUUACCUGUACGUCGUGAUUCACAUGAUGAUUCAAGUGAUUCACAAGAUCCAAGUGGUAAUUGUGAAGGUAGUGGAAAUUUAGGUAGUAAUACUGAUAAUGAUAAUAAAACAAGAGAUACAGUUAAUCAAAGUAGCACAAAUACAACAAACACAAGCACAACAACAACAACAACUUCAAGUGGUGGAAAAGUUCAAAGAUGUAAUGACGCACAAACAAUUUCAUCAUUUAGUAAAAGACACAGAAUUGGUAGACGAAGAAAUGGUGAAACUCGUUUACGUGAAAGUCAAUCAUUAAAUAGAAUAACUGAAGUACAAGAAGCUGAAAUAAUAACAAGUAAAAUAAAAACAAAUAAUGAUUCAUCAAUAGCUGAAUCACAUGAUAUUAUUGAUGGUUCAAGUCCAAAAAUAAUAUCACAAAAAACAUUACAAACAACUGAACAACGUGCAAAAGGUUUUGGUGCAAGAUUAUUACAAACUUGGAAUUUAAUAAAAACAUCAGGUGAACAAGAUACUAUUACUAAUGAAAAUAAAAAAAAAUAUUCAAUAAAUGAACAAAAUAAAAAUAAAGAAAUAUAUAAUAUUGAUAAAGAAAAUACACGUGGUAUUAAUAUUAAUAAAAAUGAAUGUAAAAGUAGAAAAAUUGAAUUAUUAUCACAAUAUUUUGCUGUACAUAAAAAAUUAUGUGUACCAUUACCAAGUUUUUUAAGUAAAGGAAAAUUAUACAAACCAAGAUCUUGUGAUAAUGUAUCAAAAGAACAAAAAUCAUCUGGUUUACCAAAAUCAAUGCAAUUAUACUCAUCAAAUGACAAACAAAAUAAUAAUAAUAAUAAUAAUCAUUAUUAUCAUCAACAUCAUCGUGGUAGCGAUGGUAAUAUAAAUCAAAAUAUUGGACUGAAUAAAUGUUUUGUUGAUGCCAAAAGAUGCAAUGAACUUUCAUCUAUAUGUCAUAUACAUCUUGGUGAUGUAUCAAAAUGCAGCAGUCGUUGUUGAUAAUUUUAAUUUAUUUAUUUACUUUUUUUUUUUUUGCAUUUUAUUUACUUGUUGUUAUUAUUAUUAUUUUAUUUAUUUAUAAUCGCAAUAUAAAAAAUUUUUAAAAAUGAAAAAAAUAAGCAAUAAUAAUAAAUAUCAUUCUUUAAAAUGAAUUGUAUAUCAAUUAAGUCAUUAUAUUGAAGAAUAUAUAAUAUAUAAAUGAAUUUAUCAAGUAAAAAAGAAUAAAUAUGUGAAGAAUUUUUUAAUGCCAAUAAUAAAUUAUUAUCAUUUUUUUUUUUUUUUUUUAUAAAAUGAAAAAAAUAUAUUUAUUUAUUUACACGUUUCUUGAUAAAUCAUUUUAAAAUAACAAUAAUUAAAAUGAUAAAAAAAAAAAUUAUAUAUAAAUAAUAAUAAGUUCUUCUUGUUGAAGUAAAUAUAUAAAAAUUAAUAACAAAAAAACAAAAAUUAAUUUAAUUUUGCUUGCCAGUUGAAAACAGGGAUAUUGACUGGUUUUUUUUUUUUAUUAUAGAAAAAUAAUAUCAACAAAAAAAAUAAUAAUAAUUAAUCAUUAUAAUAAAAAUAAUUAGUAUUAUUUGAAUAAAAAAAAAGAAAACAAUAUCUUGAGUUUAUAACUUUGUAUAUGAUUAAUUUAUAAGUUUUACAAUAAUCAACAUUAAUUUAUCAAAAAAAAAACAAAUAUAUAUAUUGAGUAUGAGUGUUUUUGUUAAUUUAUUAUUUAUUUUUAUUACUGAAAAAAAAAAAUAUAAAAUUACACGACUGAUCGUGGAUAUUUUCUGUUGUUAAAACUGAUAUAUCACAUGUUUACAAUAUUAUUAAGUGAAUAAAUAAUAAAUUAAAGUGACACUAGUGGUUUUUAGAACACGAAUGAAAAAAUAUUCACUAGUGUGCUUAUUUAUUUUUCAUAGUAAUGCAAUUAGUUGAUAGAAUAUCGAUUAAUCAUGUCGUAAAUUUAGAAAUCAACAAUGUAAAAAACAAAGUUGGUGGUAUACAAAAAAAAAAAAAAUAAA